ACUUCCCAGUUGCUUUGCGGUGUACUUUCGACUAACGCUUUCACCAGUUCAAGAUUAUCUGACUCCAACUCCAUCUGCUUUUCUUCUCUUCCUUCAAAAAACUUUAGGGUUUGUAGCACCGCCUGUGCUUCCGCCUGAAGCACGGAGGAGACUCUGACCGUGCGCGCAAAACCAUCAACAAGGACUCCUCGGCUAUCUCGGCAUAUGCAAGCUAUAGCCGCUUCCCCUGUUUCUUGAAGAUAGGAGCCAUCGACGUUUAUUUUGAUCACACCGUGCGUCGGGGGAGUCCAGAUUUGAGAUUCCGGGUUUGGGCUAAGCCGAGCGUCGGAGGGGUGGGUAUUUGAGAUGAUGUUCUUGUCGACGACCUCCAGAUCUGAGAUGGAGGUGGUGACCUCUGUUCCUGGCGCUGCAGCAACCGAGUCCCGUUUUUCUUCGAGCCUUUUGGCAGAGGAGUCGAACUUUGAGUGCUGAGGAGAUUAUGUGGUUGGGUUUCAACGGUUUUUCUCUAAAGCACCAAUCGUUACGUGAUUUCCAGAUUUGCCACAGCAAGAAUGCUAAUCGCUCAAAAGACACUGAACUUCCCAGACUUGGUUUGUCCAUGGGCAAAGGAGAAAAAGAUGCUCUACCGACUCUGGAUGUUUGUUGCAAAUUGAGCACAUGGCCUCAGCCCUCCAAUUUCAUGUUGACUCGUGCAAGAAUCCAGUUAAACAUUUGCUUUUUGGAUCCACCCCAAUCAGAAGGUAUCCCGAGGGUGACUUCUUCAAUCAGCACGCGGUUCAUCUCCUCUGUUACAAGGUUUCGGGCUUCCAGAGAUCCUUUACUUGCUAAAGAUACACCUCCACUCUCUCUCAGUUCUUGUGAAGGAUUCAGCACAUCCAUAUCCUCUUCCCAAGCCAUAGGCUCCUUCAUCUUGGCCUUCCCGCGCUCGUUUGCCCUGCUGGUACUUAUAUUCUCCAAAUCUGUUGGGUUACCCUUAUACACCACAAUAGGUGCUGCAUCCAGUGGAGUUUCAGCUUGCCCAGUCGCUUACAAAGUGCAGCAAGGCGGACUUCAGAUUCUUCCGAUUCAUCCAUUGAAGAGCUUACAAAAUCUCUGAGAGCGUGCACUAGCUGAAACAAAAACCAGGUCAAAAGAGAUGAAGAUGGGAGAGGAUUAGGGUUUUGUGGGGAAGAAGAGGUGGCGAUUUUAAGGGGGAAAGGUGAUUUUGCGGUGUCGAUUGGGUGGGUCAGCCAUGAUUAACAAUGGAACAGUGAAAUUUGUAAGGAAGAGGUUAGGGUUUUGGGUUUCAGUGACUACCAAAGGUAGAGGGAGCUCUCCUACGAGAGAGGAAACUCUCCUGCGAGA